UCUUAGCUGCUAAGGUGGAGAGGACCGUUUCAGACGCAAGGGUCCGUUGUAUUCUGACACCUCAAAGGAGCUUAUUUCUGUGGGGUGCUGUGCCUUCUCUUGUUCCUGGACACUGUUCCUCAGCCUUCUUGCCCUGCCGACACCUUGUUCUCCCUCUUGGUUCCAUAGCACUCUGCCACCAUGAAGUAUUACUAUCCAGCUGCACCCUCCAGGUACAGGAGGUACACAAAAGGCCUGAGGACUGUACGUUUCUCCAAUGAUGUGAUCUUCCAGGACAACAUCCGGCAAGGCGACCUGGAGCAGGUGGGGCGUUUCAUCCGUGCCAGGAAAGUCAACUUGGACACUAUCUACCCCUCUGGUAUGGCUGCCCUUCAUGAAGCUGUGCUUUCUGGGAAUCUUGAUUGCGUUAAGCUCUUAGUGAAAUAUGGUGCUGACAUCCAUCAGAAAGAUGAGGACGGCUGGACACCGCUGCAUAUGGCCUGCAGCGACGGCCAUGCCGACAUUGCAAGAUACCUCAUCUCUCUUGGAGCCGAACUAGAUGUCACCAAUGAUGAAGGGGAGAAGCCGUCUGACCUUAUUGACCCUGAAUACAAGGACCUUGUGGAACUUUUCAAAGCAACUCGAAUGGACUGAACUUGUACUUUCAGUUCUUUGCUACACGGAAUCCAGUCUCUCCAGCAGGCAGGAAGAUCUGUUGAGUGCUGGAAAGAGGCUGGUAAAGUUGACAUUAGCCCAUACUAGAAUGGCUAGGGAAACUAUGGCCUCCAAAAGAGGUCAUAGUUUGGUUGUAAUAUGUGUGUAAAAGACUGGCUACUUAAGGGUUUCUCAGAGAGCUAUGCUUGGGAUAGCCCAUUCAAAGUGAAAUACAUUUUUAUUGUGGCCCACAGCUUGGUACCUGCUGGGGUCAGGUUUUGACUGAAACGGUUAUAAUGGAGAAGGCAUACAAGUCCUGGCAUCACUGUUGUGCAAGAGGUUCACAAAGGUGGUUGUGAGUUGAAAUGGACUGGGUACCAAUUUUUACAAGUAUAUAUCUUCCAAUACUCAUUUGCCUUUACUCUGAUCUUGAAUCUCAGCAACAUUGAAGCUAUUUUCUUGAGAGCUACAGCCACUCCAAGACGAAUCCUUAUACAAUUAUCCUACAGAGAUAACAGAUCCAACUUCAAGCUGGUAUUUAAGUGUUGUAAAUAUGGACGAUCCAAGCACUGUUGUGUAUAAAGUCUUAUUUUCCAUGUUUGUGCACCCUAGACUUGCUUUUCUACUGUAUUUUUAUGUGAUUCUGAAACAGCCUUUUUAUUUUUACAAUAAAGUAAU